AGCGAGAAAUGAUCAACUGUUCCACCAAACUGUCUCCUCUGCCGUGAGCCUCGGGGGUUCGGGGGGUUCCUCCGUCACAUCUGAGUCUUUCCAGUGAACCGCUGAUCCCGACAGGACGGAUUUCUCUCUGAAACUGAAAAUAAAUCAGCUCUGCUGUCGCCGCCCGUCCUCAGAAAGGACAUCUGAGGGGGUCCACCCCCGCCUCCUGACUUCCUGUUUACUUCCUGGAUCGCAGUGAGCACUUCCUGUCAGCUGACCGGCUGGGGGCGGCGCCUGUCCGUCACAGCAGAUUCACAGACUCCGACACCCACCAUGACCUGCUGACAUCACCGUGCCCCGCCUCCCCCGACCCCUUUUUCUCCUAAAAAAAAAAUGGCUCUGUCACCAUGGCGGCCACCGCUGCUGCUGCUCAUCAUCACUUCCUGUUUCCUGUCCGAGUCUGCCUCGACCACGCCCUUCCCCAAAGACCUGGAGCCAAUCAAUGUGGUCACCUCAGCGCAGUCGUAUCAGUUUCCAGGUUUUCAAGGUUUGCUUCAGGACAACGACACGCUGCGUCUGGGCCUGGACUUCCAGAGGCUGCUACGCAUCAACCACAUGCUGUACAUCGCCGCCAGGGAUCACGUGUUUGCAGUGAACCUGACGAUGGCUUCAGAGGAGUUCGUACCUCAGCUGAAGCUGACGUGGCGAUCCAAAGACGUCAGCAAGUGCACCGUCAGAGGGAAGAACAGCGACGAGUGCUACAACUACGUCAAAGUGUUGGUGCCUCGAAACGACGAAACGCUGUUCGCCUGCGGCACCAACGCGUUCAACCCCACCUGCCGGAACUACAAGAUGACCUCCUUGGAGCAGGUCGGGGAGGAGGUGGUCGGUCAGGCUCGCUGUCCCUUCGAGUCCGGUCAGUCCAACGUCGGACUGUUUGCCGGGGGAGACUUUUACUCGGCCACCAUGACGGACUUCCUGGCCAGCGACGCCGUCAUCUACAGAAGUCUGGGAGACGGCCGGCCCGUCCUCAGGACCGUCAAGUACGACUCCAAGUGGCUCAGAGAGCCUCACUUCCUGCACGCCAUCGACUACGGUAACUACGUCUACUUCUUCCUCAGCGAGAUCGCAGUGGAGUACACCGCCCUGGGAAAGGUGGUGUUUUCUCGAGUCGCUCGGGUCUGCAAGAACGAUAACGGAGGCUCUCCCAGAGUUCUGGAGAGAUACUGGACUUCCUUCCUCAAGGCUCGUCUGAACUGUUCGGUUCCUGGAGACUCGUUCUUCUACUUCGACGUCCUUCAGUCUCUCACUAACGUGCUGCAGAUCAACCAGAGGCCGGCGGUGGUCGGAGUCUUCACCACUCAGGCCAACAGCAUUCCCGGCUCAGCAGUCUGUGCUUUCUACAUGGACGACAUCGAGAAAGUCUUCAACGGGAAGUUCAAGGAGCAGCGGACCAGUGACUUAUCCUGGACUCCAGUCCCUGACGAGCAAGUUCCCAGACCAAGGCCCGGUACCUGCGCAGGUGACGGUCCGGCCGCGGACUACAAGUCCUCGGUUCAGUUCCCAGACGAGAUGCUGACGUUUAUCAAAUCGUAUCCUCUGAUGGACGAAGCCGUUCCCUCCGUCAACGACCGGCCCUGCUUCACCAGGACCGCCAGCAGGUCCAAGCUGACCCAGAUCGUGGUGGAUGUUUCUGCCGGCCCCAACAAGGACCGGACGGUGAUGUUCCUGGGCUCGGACGACGGCAGAGUCCUGAAGGUCCUGGCCAGCACUCAUCCCAACGACAGCUUCGGGUCCAAGCUGCUGGAGGACAUCGACGUCUACAACCCGUCCAAGUGUAACGUUCAGGGUCAGGAGGACAGGAGAGUUCUGGGACUGGAGCUGGACAAAGACCAUCAUGCCUUGUUCGUGGCCUUCACCAGCUGCGUCAUCAGAGUGCCGCUCAGCCGCUGCAGCCAACACGGAGCCUGCAAAAAAGCCUGCCUGGCCUCUCGCGACCCAUACUGCAUCUGGCUGCGGACCGGGACGUGCGCCAACAUGGCGCCGGGUUUCAAGGCAGGGUUUGAACAGGAUAUUGAGGGCGACCACUCGUUUCACCCGGACAGCUGCCACGCUGAUGUGCUGGCGACCACGCGGAACCAGGAGUCUGCCGCCGACUCCGCCUACGGUGUUCGCCGUCUUCCGGAGAUGGACCAGCGUGGCGGCGCUAACGUCCACUACACCCUGCUGAUCGCGUGCGUGCUGGUGGCCUUCUUCCUGGGCGCCAUCUUGUCAGGUUUCCUGGUGUCGUGUUACUGCAGCCGCAGCGCCGCCCAGCGGGCGAGGAGGCUGGGGAAGGACCCCGAGGCGUCGCUGCCGCACGCCUUAUCGCUGCGAUCCCUCGCCAAACUCAACGGACUGCUGGACGGACAGCCCAAGGAGGACAAACUGGACAUGUCCACCCCAAAGAUGUACAGCUCCUUCAUCCCCAACGGCCGGUCGGAGCCUCACCUUCACACCCCCGGACACCAGGGCCUGCCGCUGGGAGACCCCGACCUCAGCCUGUCCCAGUCUCUGUCUCAGGGGGAUGGAGAGCUGUCCGGCCUGCCCACACCUGACUCCACCCCGGAGCUUCCCAUCAAGAACAUGAAGGCCCUGAGGCACCGUCAGUAUGAGAAGAACCAGAACUGCAACAACGCCAAGGACAACAACCCCCAGUCUGGUCCCAGCUGCUCUGGAUCCAGUCUGGGUUUCAUGGCGGUUGUUGGGAACUCUUUGACCCAGCAGGUGUUUCCCUUCUCUCAUCACCACGGCAACAGCUUCAGCAAUGGAGCGGCCCACGGAGCGGGCGCUUCUUCGACUUCGCUGCACCUCCCCGAGGAGACGAAGGUCUCAAAUGAUGAGCGAGGGGUGGCGGCAGCGGGCGGCGGCGGCAGCGCGGGAGUCCCCCAUCACCACCACUCCCAGCAGUCCCUCCCCCAAACGGUGGUGGAUGUGUCGGCGCUGGACGAGCUUCUCAAACACAUCCAUGAGGUGAGCGCGUCUGGGACCGGAGGCAUUAAGGUCCUCACCUCCACCUCCUCGUCCUCCCUGUUCCCCGGGCCCUCCUCAUCCUCCUCCGGAGGACAUAAUCAUCAUCACCAUCACCAUCAUAAUCACCACAGCCAGACCCGCACCCACCACUACAACCACAACCAUCACCAUAGUAACCACCACAACAAUAACAGCAGCGGCGGUCACCACCAUCAGCAGCAAAUCCCAGAGACGGAGUCAGCUUCGUAUUACAGCACCUCCACGUUGCCGAGGGACGGCCUUCCCAAGCGCCUGGACGUACCUGUUCAAAACUCCACCUCGUCCUCUGCCACUUCUUCUUCUUCCUCCUCCUCAUCGUCCAACAACCCCACCUCUUCGACCUCCAUCCCUUCUUCCUCCUCUUCCUCCGCUUCAACUCCACUCCAGCAGCAGGUGAUUCCGGAGAGACCCGGAGGAGGCGGCGUCUCGGUGGCACGUCACCACUCCCAGCGGCACUCGCUCAUCAAGAUGGGCAGCGGGAGCGGCGCCGUGCCGCGCCACCACAGCUUCAACCAACGGGGGGUGCAGCACGCGCACUUUCUAGCCAGGAUGAACACCAACAGCAGCAGCAACGGCCCCCCAGGCGUCAGCGGGGCGGCUAAUGUGAACACAGACCCCAGCGGCGAGAGCCAGCGGCUGUCGAUGACCAGCUCGUGCUUGACGCGGCAGCACAGUUACAGCGAAGGGCCGCAUGUGCAGAGGGCGGCGAUCGUCAGGAGAACGGCGUCGCUGAAACCCCAAGUCCCUCCAAAACCACUGUUCCUUCCAAACACAGCGACAUCGCCGGCGGCAGAGGCGGGAAAAUACAACUACUGACACUUAGGAGGAAGUGGCGCCAUUCCAACAUGGCUGCUACAGUCCUCAAGCGCCCGAAGCGUCUGCAGGGCUUGUGAGAAACGACAAAGUGAUGAGACGGAAAGACACAAAAGAGACUUGAGAGCUUUUUGUCUCCAUCACUCCUCGUUACGACCCUUCAGUUGUGGUUAUUUUCCCGCUGCUGAAAGGACGCCGCGUGUCUGAGUCUCGACCGCGGCAUCGUAGCUGCAGAGCCCUGAAAAGAACCGCACAGACGGAAGCUCCGAGGGUCGACACACAAACAAGAUCUCUGACUCAUCUCCUCGGGCAGGCGGGGCCGCUGGUGGCAACUUUCCCCCCACGACGGAUCAAAACCAGCUCAGACGAGUCUGAGAAACAUUCCACAACCGGGCGAAAGAUGUUAAUGAUUCAAAGGAGUCCCCGAGGCUCGAGGUGGCCUCAAAAAUUCUUGAUUAAAGCAGUUUUCUUACGAGCGCUUUGAUCUGAUGUCCCCGGUUGGUGCACCUUGGCACGGGGCCUGGAUUUCAUUUGCAAAGAAAGCAGGGAACUGGACCGCUGCGGAUCUGAACUCAAUCUGAGGCCGCCGGUUUCUGCAGGACUCGAGUCAAACGAUGGCAUUUCUCUCCACAGGAAACAAUCAAACAAUGUCAGAAACACCCGGGGGGGUAAUUCCUCUCCUCUGGAAGUCUGUGUGUCCCUCUGAAUCCGGCCCUGAGAGGAGGGUCCACCCUCCUUUUCCCUGAAAAGGAGAAAACAAACUAUAAUGAGGUUUUUGUACGACAACACAUCAGCAGCACUUUGAGGAAAGCUGUGGUGUGAAAUGUGAACAUCCAGCAGCCGUUCUCUCUUUUCACCCCGACAGUCAAUACAAACCAGAUGAAUUUUCUUUUUAUACCAUAUUGGUAUCUGAAAAACAAGCGAAGCAUCAAUGGAGCGUCGGCCGUGUUUGUACGGAGCCCAGAAGGCGUUCGAGGGAGGAUUUCUGAUAAAUUAUUCCCUCAUAUUACAAAUUCAUGCACUCAAUGCACUUAAUACUCCUUCAAUUUAGUAAUUUGUAUGUUCAAAUUCUUUAAUUGACUCUCUUGAAUUAAUAAUUGCCCUCGAGUGACUCACGGUGCCUCCUCCUUUCUCUCGUUUCAUCAAUGAAAAGCUCUAAAGCCUCAGAUCUGAGUUUCUAUGAACUGGCAUCUGCAGGAUCUGUAAAAUAUGUUUAAAUGGAGGUCAAAGAAGUGAAGCUGUGAUAUUAGUUAAGAAAUGUGAGGGAACCGUUCAUCAAAGGUGUUUCCUCGUCUCCUGCUGAGCUCUGUAGUUGAUCACACUAAACCAGGUGAAGCUGCCAGAACAGAGGAGGCAGCUCGCAGGUAGAGUAAAAUCACCUGUGCAGUGGUUCCCAAAGUCGCUCGUUUCCAUGUUUUUACUGUACAUUUUACCGAGCUUUCAUUAAUUACACUUUGAUAUCGCAACUUCAGACAAAGACAAAGAAAAACAAGCAAUAAACAUGACAGUUAUCAUGUUAGCGAGGCUAACAGCAGCGACCCCGGAGCUACAAACAGGCGUAUGUCGGUGCUAUUGGUCAAAAUAAAUUCUAAUAAUAGAUCAACGAUGUCAUGGUCUAAAACUGUUUGGGAACCGCUGCUCUGGUGGGGUCCGACCAUGCAGAUAGUUUAGGUUUCAUUUGUCCUGAGUUUGAGAUAUCUGCGUCUCAGAUUCAGUGGAGGUGAAUGGGAUCUAGAAAAAUGAGCCCUGCCACCCUGGACUAUCCUUAGACCACAUGGAGACAGUCUUCAGAGGGACGGUUUGUUCAGUGUGAAGGGCUCUGUGGACAGAUAAAACCAGAACUGUCUGCAUGGCCGGACACCACGAUGGAAGAGUCAAAACAUGUCAUCCGUUUAUUUUCCUGGUAAUUUGGGUGGAGGUUUGGCUCCACGUGGAUCCGGUUUUCAGUGGAACUGCAGUCUGUGGGCGUGUUUCUUCACAGAUGGUCUAAAAAUACUCAGCUGUGAAGGAAUCUGCUGUUUCCUGUUUAACUUUACCUCCCAGCGCCGGUCGGCGGUCAACAACACUUUUUAUUCCGUGGCUGCGUCUUCUGUCCGGGCGCUCGGCCUGAAACGAGCGCAAACGGCAAAGGUUAACAGUGUGAUACACGGGCAACAUUCGAGGCCAACACAGCCAGAAACAGCAAUAAAAGAACCAGAAAACAGCUGUAAAUAAAGGGAACCAGGGGAUGAUGGGAAAUAAUUCAAAUCGCCGUCGGGAAAAUGAAUGUGAUCAGUUUUACAUUUGGAAAAGUUACUCAAGAUGUUGCCAAGAGCAAUCUAUAAAGAACCGUGCUUUAUAUUACUGCUGAUAAAAAGAAUAGAGACUAGGUACUGCAAGACGUCCUGGUGUUAAUGUCAGCAAACAUCUGUACCGUCUCACAGGGAAGGAAAAAGUCAACAGCAGAACAAUUAAAAGCUGCACAGAACAACAAACGAACGGCAGCGAGCGCUCACUCACCUCUACGUUUCUGGUCAUGCGGCGCAGAAGCCCUCGACGGUGAGUUCAGGGAGGCUUCGACAUCUGAGAAUGGACACGCAGCUGCAGAGAAGCUGUGAAUGAAUGAGAUCAGAACAGAAACCAUAAACCGCGACAGUUUGAUUGUGAUCAUGUAAAAUUUCUUGAAAGAGGAGGCUGAGGAAGGCUUGGACGCUGCGCAUGACAGGAUACUAACACUGACAGAUAACAUGGAACGUCUGCACAAUGAAAAACCACUAAAAGAUGAGUGAAACAUCUUAUUUUUAGACCAAGACCCACACCAACAAAAGCCCUGCACAGCUGCCAAUACUCCACACAUUUAAAAGUACACAGGUAUGGACCCUUACGACCACACUCAUCUUCACCUUUUCGUGCAUGCUGCGAGAACUCCACUUCCACAAUGUUCAGUACACAUCAAAUGAAGCGAAGGUGAUGCAUAAACGCCUGUUUUCACAUCUCUGGGAGAAGAUUUUCACACAAAUGAAAGAGCCCAGUGUUUGGAAGGAAGGUAAUCAAUCAGCAAACUGGUGGUCUGCAGUAAGUCUGCUUACCUACUGCUGUCAGAGCUUUCAGCCCGAUGUCACCGUCUUCUCUCUCUCUCAGUCGAUCAUCAACACUCCUCGUCUCUGUGACGACUCUGCAGAAUCCAUCUGCAGAGGACGACCGUGACAUGUGGUUGAAAGCCUAAAGCAGGCAUCUCA